CCUAACUAAGGGGAGGAGUCCUUUGCAGGGUUAAAUAAGCCUUAGCACCCAUGAAAAUCCAGCACUCAGGCAGGCUGUGGCUUUGGAAUCCUCUGACUACAUUCAGCCAUCUGAAGCAGGGUUGACGGCAGAGGGAAUGCCACCCCUCCUGGUUCUGGGGCUCCUGAUGGCGGGGCUCUACCACAAUGUUCACGGCCUCCCGGGGGGCAUGCUUGGCCAGAAGAACGUGACCCAGGAGGACCAACACCACAGGACACCUGUGGACAACCUCAGAUUAGCCUCGAGCAACACGGACUUUGCCUUCAGCCUCUACAAGCAGUUGGCUUCGACGGACCCCAAUAAGAAUGUCAUCUUCUCCCCGCUGAGCGUUUCCAUGGCCCUGGCCUUCCUGUCCCUGGGCGCCCGUGGCACCACCCUGGUGGAGAUCCUGACAGGCCUCAAGUUCAACCUCACGGAGACCUCGGAGGCAGAAAUCCACCAGGGCUUUCAGCACAUGCUGCGCUCCCUCAGCCAACCCAACAGUCUGCUGCAGCUGAGCCUGGGCAAUGCCAUGUUCGUCAACGAGAAGCUGAAGCUGCUGGACAAGUUCCGAGAUGAUGCCAAGGCACUGUACGCCUCUGAGGCUUUCGCCACCAACUUCCAGGACCCCACCGCCGCCAAGGAGCUCAUCAAUGACUACGUGAAGGAGAAAACCCGGGGGAACAUCGUGGAUUUGGUCAAGCACCUUGACCCAAACACAGCAAUGGUCCUGGUGAAUUAUAUCUUCUUUAAAGCCAAGUGGGAGACGCCCUUUGACCCCGACGACACUUUCGAGGCAAAGUUCUUUGUGGGUAAGGGAAAGUCGGUGAAGGUGUCCAUGAUGAGCAUUGAGGACCUGACCAUGCCUUACUUCCGGGACGAGGACCUCUCCUGCACCGUGGUGGAGCUCAAGUACACCAGCAACGACAGCGCGCUCUUCAUCCUCCCAGACAAGGGCAAAAUGGAACAGGUGGAAGCCACGUUGCUCCCUGAGACGUUGAGGAGGUGGAGAGGUUCACUGCAGAUGAGAAAAGUAGAUGAGCUCUACCUGCCAAAGUUUUCCAUCUCUAGCGACUAUAAUCUGGAAGACACACUCCCCCAGCUGGGCAUGAGUGAAGUGUUCACCACACAGGCUGACCUGUCAGGAGUCACAGGGGCCAGGAAUCUGGCAGUUACUCAGGUGGUCCACAAGACCCUGAUUGAAGUGGCUGAGACGGGCACGGAAGCAGCUGCCGCCACGGGAAACAAAGUUACCCUCAUGUCCGGAAAACUAGGCCCAAUGACUAUUGUGAAUUUCAACAGGCCCUUUCUGUUAUCCAUACUCUCCAAAGACACCCAGAGCAUUAUGUUUCUUGUCAAAGUUGUCAACCCCAAUCAAGCCUAGAGCUCCGCACUGAGCGGUGGGACCCCUUGUUAAGGGUGCCCAGGUCUCUGGGUGCAGUCUGGCCUCUGUGCACAGAGGAGUUGGCGUUUCUGGCCUUGCCUCCUCAUUUUUGGGAAAGUGACAGUGACUUUGCUUGGUGGCUCCCAUAUGUGCAGGAAGCCUGUCAACUGUUCAACCGGAGGCCCUGAGACCUCCCAACACCAAUAAACCAUCUUCCUUC